AUGGGUUUCUUGAUGAAGGAUUCCAAGCUGAUCGCCACUCACUAUCUGCUGUGUAAAGGAGCGAUCUUGCUGGCCCUACUGAGACAGGUCUUGUCUUGGGCUCUCAAGCUGAGAAACAGAGCCGCCGCCAUCACCCUCUUUUCGCUUGCCUCCAGAGAGAGCCUCCUCUCUCGUUCUCCUCCUCCUUCUUCUUCUUCACUUCGCGCGUCUUCCGAUAUCGUCGGAGACGGUCUUCCCCUGGCCACUUACGGAGACGCCGUGGCCGAGAGGCUGCGGGCGAGCUGCGACACUUGCGCGGUUUGCUUCAGCCCGUUGAUGGAGGGCGAAGAGGUGAGGGUGCUCAGGAACUGCCGCCACGUCUACCACAGGGAGUGCCUCGACGGGUGGGUAGGAUGUGAUUCCGAUCACGGUCGCGAUCGUCCCGGCGAUCGUAGCAAUCACAGGACGUGCCCGCUUUGCAGGGCCCCGCUGUGGGGUCCUCCUCCUUCGCGGAGCUUGAGGUGGGACAGGACAGAGCCCAGGUGGAGCGUGAAGAGACUCUGUUCCUCCGUCUGGGGAUGCGAUCUGUAG